AACCUUCAUCAGCUGUCGACCCACCGCGAAGGAAGGUUCGCGCAAUCUUGGUUAGGGAUUACGUUUUCCAGAUUCCGAUCUUCGUGCGAUGGCGGCUGCCGCAAGCAACCAGAUCAAGAACGCGAAAUUGGUCCUUCUUGGAGAUGUGGCCACUGGAAAGUCGAGUCUCGUAUUGCGGUUUGUGAAAGGCCAGUUUGUUGAAUUCCAGGAAUCAACCAUAGGUGCUGCAUUCUUUUCGCAAGUAGUCGCUGUCAAUGAUGAAUCAGUGAAAUUUGAGAUUUGGGAUACUGCUGGACAAGAGAGGUACCAUAGCUUGGCCCCUAUGUACUACAGAGGAGCUGCAGCUGCUGUGGUUGUCUACGAUAUAACAAAUGCGGCUACCUUUACUCGAGCGAAGAAGUGGGUUCAAGAACUUCAGGCCCAAGGUAGCCCAAAUACCAUUGUUGCUCUUGCUGGUAACAAAGCUGAUCUGUUGGAAGCUAGACAGGUUUCAGCUGAGGAAGCACAGACGUAUGCACAGGAGAAUGGUCUUUUCUUCAUGGAAACUUCAGCCAAAACAGCAAUUAAUGUUAAUAACAUAUUCUAUGAGAUCGCAAAAAGACUAACACAAGUGAAGCCAGUACAGAACCCUCAAGGAAUGACUCUACCUGGUAGGCUCGAUAACAAACCAGUUGCCGCAUCAUCUUGCUGCUCCUCCUAGUAAAAAUUUCACGCUCUCUCUAAAAACAAGACUGUGUUUAUACGAGGCGCUUAAGGAGAAUAUGUUCUCAAGCACAUAAUUCUUGCUUUUAUUGUAGCACAAGGGCUACUGAUCGCCCAUUCGUUGUAAUUGUGAAAUAGUAGUUUUGUUGCAGAACUAUUUAUAAGGGCAUCAGUAGUUCCGUUGCCAAUUUGUA